CCCGACGCGCGACCGAGUGGGUGUUGCUCACCACACUGGAUUCUCGUGUUUUCGCCUGAGUUACUCGUUUCAGGAAAAGUCCCCUAUAGCUAGUAUGUAAUAAUUCCUCAAGAAUGAUUCCAAGAACUUGACACAACCUCCACAAAAUCAAUGAGAUGGAAUUACAGCAUCAGAGCCUUGCCUGAGACAAUACCAAAAUAAAGAUGGCAAGUCUUAGAGAUGUUGGAGAGUUGCCCCGAAAGACGGCUGAGAAAUCGUCAAGACAGAAGAAGAGAGGGAGUUUUGAAGGUGACACAGACACAGUUCCAGAAAAGGCAACAGAUAGGGCAGAGGAGAUUGCUCAGUUCCUUCAGAGAAUGAAAAUAAAACAAGAACAGAAUGGAGUGUGUGAUGAAACCACAAUUUCUGAAAAUGGCCGUCACAACUGCCCCAUACUCUGGAAAAGAGAAUGCUGGUGUUUGUAGAAGCUUCAGUUAUGGAAGAGUCACUGGUCACCAGCCACUCUGGCUUCCCAGUACUGAAGGACAAGCUCAUGAGUUUCCGAGAGGGGCAAGAUGAUCUCACAGACAAAAUUGAUUUCAUCAUUUGUUUAGGUGGUGAUGGCACUCUCCUCUAUGCCUCAUCACUCUUUCAGCAAAGUGUGCCACCAGUUAUGGCCUUCCACCUUGGGUCCCUGGGUUUUCUCACUCCCUUCAAAUUCGACAAUUUUCAGGAUCAGGUCACUAAUGUCCUUGAGGGCCAUGCAGCCCUGACCUUGAGAUCACGUCUGAGAUGCAUAAUCCUUCGCAAAGACCAAGAGACUGGUAAGGGUGGCUGCCCCCCCACAAACCUCUUGGUAUUGAAUGAAGUGGUCAUUGACCGUGGACCCUCGCCAUAUCUCUCCAACAUUGACCUCUACCUUGAUGGCAAGAGAAUCACCUCAGUACAAGGAGAUGGCUUGAUUGUGUCAACUCCUACAGGCAGCACAGCCUAUGCUGUCGCUGCUGGAGCCUCCAUGAUCCACCCAUCGGUACCAGCCAUCAUGGUGACCCCAAUAUGCCCUCACUCCCUCUCCUUCAGGCCCAUUGUUGUGCCAGCAGGUGUUGAGCUCAAG